CCUGGAACACAAAAAAGAGGAGGAAAAUCAGUUCUGGAGAAGGGCAUUGCUGUAGAUGAUCAUUAGAUUGGGCUCUACUCAGAACAUUUAAAAAAAUUAUCUGUGUAGCUCAGUCGUGUUUUCACUUUGAAUCAUCUGUUAAAAAAGUUUGUUUUCUGAGGACUACCAGACACCAAAGGAAGAAGAAAUUGUCUAGAUGAAUAACAUGAGAUUAUAUUAUUGAGAAUCCCACUUUUGGUGCUUUCAAGUCAAGAAAGUAAAUCUUUUUUUUUAAGAUCAUUGUGAUCUUUCACCUUAAAUAUCCUGUGUUUUAUUGCUCAGAACACCUAGUUUUUAUAAUAUUCAUGAUGUCAGAAGGGAAACCUUCUGACAGAAAAAAGCCUCCUAGAAGCUUAUCAAUCAGCAAGAAUAAGAAAAAAGCAUCUAAUUCUAUUAUUUCAUGUUUUAACAAUGCACCACCUGCCAAACUUGCCUGCCCCGUUUGCAGUAAAAUGGUGCCUAGAUAUGACUUAAAUCAGCACCUUGAUGAAAUGUGUGCUGACAAUGAUGUCGUUCAAGUUGAUCCAGGGCAAGUUGGCAUAAUAAAUUCUAAUGUGUCUACGGUAGAUUUAACCAGUGUUGCUUUAGAAGAUGUAAUGCCAGAGAAGUCACCACCACCAAAGACAAAUUUAACUGCUGGCCAAAGUGAUUCAGCAAAAAUGGCCAUAAAACAGAAGUCCAGUCCCUACUUUAAAAGUAAUGAUGACUUGGUGUGCAAAAAUCAAGAUGAACUGAGAAAUCAUAGUGUGAAAGUCAUUUCUUUGGGAAGCCUAGCAUCUAAAUUGUCCAGAAAAUACAUAAGGGCUAAAAAAUCAAUAGAUAAGGAUGAAGAAUUUGCCGGUUGUAGUCCACGGAGUUCCAAAUCCACGGUCAUUCAGAGCCUGGUUGAUAACUCUUCAGAAAUUGAGGACAAGGAUCAAAUUUUGGAGAAUAGUUCUCAAAAAGAAAACAUGUUUAUAUGUGAUUCUCUAAAGGAAGAGUGUAUUCCCGAACACAUGGUAAGAGGAAAUAAAAUAAUGGAAGCCAAAAGCCAAAAGGCUACCCAGGAAUGUGAGAAAUCAGCCCUUACCCCUGGCUUCUCAGAUAAUGCUCUCAUGUUAUUUUCACCAGAUUUCACUCUUGGGAAUACAUUAAAGUCUACUUCAGACGACAGUCUUGUAAAGCAAGAGUGUAUCACAGGAGUGGUUGGACAACGUGAAGCAUGUAGUUGUGAAGAAGUAAAAAUGACUGUUGCCUCAGAAGCUAAAAUACAGCUGUCAGAUUCAGAGGCAAAAUCUCAGAGUUCUGCAGAUGAUGUUUCUGCAUGGAGUAACAUCCAAGAGGCUCCUCGGCAGGGUGACAGUGGCUUAAACAGUGAUAUCUAUCACAGCAUUCCUUUGGAGCAGGGGUCAAGCUGCGAUGGUCCUGAUCAAACAACCAGUCAUCCUUACUACCUUCGGAGUUUCCUUUUGGUGCUGAAAACCAUACUUGAGAAUGAAGAUGAUACGAUGCUCUUUGAUGAGCAGGAGAAGGGAAUUAUAACUAAAUUUUAUCAGUUAUCAGCUACUGGUCAGAAGUUAUAUGUAAGGCUCUUUCAACGUAAAUUAAGCUGGAUUAAGAUGACUAAAUUAGAAUACGAAGAGAUUGCCUCAGGCUUGACACCUGUGAUUGAAGAAUUGAAGCAUGCAGGCUUUCUACAGACAGAAUCUCAGUUGCAAGAACUCUCUGAAGUGCUUGAACUCCUUUCUGCUCCUGAACUAAAAUUCAUGGCCAAGGCCUUCCAUUUGGUGAAUCCCAAUGGACAGAAACAGCAGCUGGUGGACAGCUUUCUCAAAUUGGCCAAACAACGUUCAGUCUGCACUUGGGGCAAGAAUAUGCCUGGAAUUGGUGCAGUGAUUUUAAAAAGAGCUAAAGCCUUGGCUGGACAGUCAGUACGAAUCUGUAAAGGCCCCAGGGCUGUGUUUUCCUGGAUCAUGCUGCUGUUUUCAUUGACCAACUCGAUGGAAGAUGAAGAUGCCACUUGUGGAGGUCAGGGACAGCUUUCAACGGUCCUGUUGGUCAACCUCAGCCGAAUGGAGUUUCCUAGAUCGGAAAACCCAAUCAAUUGGAAAACCCAAAUCUUCCAAGACAGAGAUGAUCUUAUUAGAUACGCAGCAGCUGUGCACAUGCUGAGUGACAUUUCUUCUGCAAUGGCCAACAGGAACUGGGAAGAAGCUAAGGAGCUCGCUCAGUGUUUAAAAAGGGAUUGGAACAGACUGAAAAACCACCCUUCUCUGAGAUGGCAUGCAGAUUUACCACUCUUUCUGUGGUGUUUUACCGUUGGAUGGAUUUAUACAAAUAUUUUGUCUCGGUCUGUGGAAAUACUGCAGAGACUUCACAUGUAUGAGGAAGCCAUCGGGGAACUUGAAAGCCUUUUGUCUCAGAGAAUUUAUUGUCCUGACAGCAGAGGCUGAUGGUGGGAUCGACUGGCUCUUAACGUACACCAGCACUUGAAGCGCCUGGAACUGGCUACCAAGUGUAUCACAGAGGGGCUGGCAGAUCUGGAAGUCAGUAUGGGACACCGCCUUUCCCUGUAUCAGCGAGCUGUGCGCCUGCAAGAGUCUCCGAGCUGUAAAAAGUACAAACAUCUCUUGCAGCAGCUCACGGAAAUGGCUGUCCAAGAUGUGAAACACGUGACCAUCACAGGCAGGCUGUGCUCGCAGCGUGGGAUGGGCAAGUCCAUGUUUAUGAUGGAGGCCGGGGAGACUGCUGCCCCCACCACAGUCCUAUGCUCCAUGGAGGAGCUGGCACUGGCCCAUUACAAAUGCAACAGCUUUGACAAGGGGAUUCAUGGUGAAGGCUCUACCUUCAGCACCCUGUAUGGCCUCCUCCUGUGGGACAUCAUCUUCAUGGAUGGGAUUCAGGAUGUCUUCAGAAAUGCCUGUCAGGCUUUCCCCCUGGACUUGUGCACAGACAGCUUCUUCACAAGCAGAGGCCCGGCUCUUGAAGCCAGGCUACAGCUGAUUCACGAUGCCCCCGUGGAGAGCCUGUGGGCCUGGGUGGCAGCCACGUGGCAGGACCAGAAAGGCAGAGUGGCUUCCCUUGUUAGCUGGGAUUGCUUCACGUCUCUUGAGCAAGCUCAGGACUCCUGCCUGGGGGACCCUGUGCUCAGUGGUAUGUGCAGGCGCCUGGCUGCUGACUUUCGACACUGCCGUGGGGGCCUCCCUGACCUGGUGAUGUGGAACACCCCGGGCCAUCGCUGUAAGCUGGUGGAAGUUAAAGGCCCCAGUGAUCACCUUUCACAUAAGCAGAUGAUCUGGUUGGAUGAACUGCAGAAGCUGGGGGCCGAAGUAGAAGUCUGCCAUUUGGUUGCAGUUGGAGCAAAGAGCCAAAGCCUUAGCUAAAAGCUAUGGAAUUGGGGAUAUUUGGUCAUACACUGAUGUAAGAUUUUUAUAUAAAACAUCAUGUUUUAAUUUUUAAAAAAGUUUGUUUUCUAUGGGGGGAUGGGCUUUCUAAGGUUAAAAGAGACAAAAGCAAUUACAAAAGAAAUGUCUAAUAGAUACGACCAACAGAUAACGUUAUCUGACAGUGGACUAGAUCCAGAAUACAUACAGAACUCUUAGAGCUCAAUAAUAAAAAGGUAAAUAACCCAAUUUAAAAAUGGGCAAGAUAUGUAAAUUACAAAUAUUUCUCUUCUA